AUGGCCCACAACCGUCCUCGCGGCGGGCCGCCAGCACCGCAAAAGCCUACUUUAGAUGGACUGCCGGAACAUUUAUUACAGAUCAUCGUUGAGAUGAUAUAUGAAGAUUCGCAAAGAUUCGUUCCCAUCGAUCGUCGAGAGUUCUUGUCCAUCGAAAGCUUCCCUCCCGUCCCGCCAGACACCUCGACACUCAGCAGUUUCCGCCUUGUUUGCACACAGUUCUCUGAGCUCGGUCUUCCCUACCAAUUUGGAAGGGUGACGACCAGAUUCUCGUGGCAGGGCUUUCAACGGUUGGAUAAGAUCUCUUCUUGUUCCCGCGCUGCAAAGUGCACAAGACGCUUCAUCUAUAUGGUUCCAUACUUUUUUGUAGAAGGCAGGCAACAGCUUACGGAACUCUUUCAACAACAUCGACCUCGCAACAUCUCCCCGAACGAGACGAACACGUUACACGUUCGGAACGAGCAUCAACGGGCAUUGGUCAGCUCCAGAGAUGAUGUCAGGAGUCUCACGAGAGCGUUCAAAGCAUUUACAGCUCUACAGCAUGUCCAGUUAAAUCCAGUCCUCGAUACGGCAAUGGUACACCUGCUGAAUUUUUUGGAGAAUGGACAAAUACAAGCAGGAGGCCUGGGACAUCUAGUGCAACUAAAAUGGGCACCAGCAUGCAGGCACGGUCUGUACAGUUUAGGCCAGGCACUCGCUACCUCUGAUUCAAAGUGCAACAAAAUCUCCAUACCUGCGAUGGAUCAAGAAGCCGCACUGGCACUGUGCUCAACCCGCGUUCCACCCCUUUCUACCUUCGCACACAAUCUGACCUCAUUAAUUCUGCAGUUUGCUACUGCUGAUGCCGAGAGCCUGUCGCGCUUAACGCCAUAUUUUGGAAGAUUUCUUUCGAGAACUACUAACCUGGAAGCGAUUCACAUCGGCUUUCCUAUGUCUCAGCCUCUAGAUGUACGUCUUGAAGACGUAUUCCAUGGCAUCAAAUGGCCGAGGUUGAGAGCUCUAGGUAUCCAGGCAUGGCGCCUUGCACCGCAAGAGAUAAUCGGCAUAGCACGGCGUCACAGGAAAACCCUUCGAGGUCUUCGGUUGCGAGAGGUCCUCCUCAAAGAGGGACGGUGGUCUGACAUUCUCCAAAUGCUUCGCAACGAAAUGGGACUUCUUGAAUGGGUAAGUCUACGCCGGAUCGACUAUGCUAGUCAUUUCGACAACGUACAGGCAGGACAAGGAUUUGAGAUUGGUGAUGAAGAUGACGAGCCAGAUCAUCAAGCCUUUGGUUUGAUGAACAUUGAUGCUAGCUCCUCAGAUGAAGAGAAUGACGCGGAAAGUGAAGGGCAAGGAGAUGACGAGGCACCUGCGGUCGCUGGCGAGGGCGAAGGUAGUGGCGAUGACUCGGGUGUAUCAAACGAGGGAUCUGAUCAUAAUCCUGUCGCUGACCAGCUUGAUCUACCUCUGUCGUCUGGUUCCACGGCAGCACGACCUCUGGAACCAUCUUCUGCAUCAGCUAACGGGCUUGGUGAUAAUGGCGUUGCCGUCGCCGGCAGACAAACGACGAAAGCAUGGGAAGUAUGGGUGACAGCUGGCAGCGCACACUGA